UUACCCGGUAGAAACAAAACGUCUGUUCCUGUUGCCCCGACGGGACGAAAUAUAACACUGGAAGACAUCAGCGAACUUACUCUUAGCUAUCACACGUUCAUAUUCAAACACGAAGUGCAGGUGGUACGUGUAGUGGUAUUUGCCCUGCACAACACAAGCUGUGUCCGGUUAGCGCGUCUUGCUGGUUGUUACAGAUAAAGAUGCUGUCCACCGGAGAUGUCCAAGGAUGUCUUCGUAAACUGGAAACUCUCCUGCGGGCGAUAAAGUACCUGGGACAUGUCGACUACAACGGCCUUUCCAAAGGAGAUCCAUCUGCUUUUCUACCAAUUGUGAGCUUCACACUCACCUCCUUCUCUCCACCUUUCGCUGAGCAGCUAAUGGAGGCCGGACUGGAGCUGACCGGCAAAACUGACCUCCGAUUCACUGACACUCUUUAUAAGGUGUUGCGAGAUAUCUUCAACUAUAAACCUAUACUGACCAAGCAGCAGUUCCUCCAGUGGGGUUUCUCUCAAAGGAAGAUCUCUGUCGUCUGCGACAUUAUUGACCUGGUUCUGCAGAAACACAACCAACUGAAGAAGCCGAGAGUCAGAUGUCCUGCCUCACACAAGGAUAAGCGAGGAGAAUCUCAUCCUGCACUCACUGAUGCAGACACUGUAAAUCCAAUACCACUGCUAAAGGUGUUCGAGAGACCAUUUGUUGUUAAUCACACAGAACAUUCGUCAACUUCUCCCACAAACUCCUCCCAUGUGGAAGAAUUAUCCUCCCAUGAUAUGUUAACCUGGACUUCUCACAAUGAAGAGUAUUCCUCCAAUUCUCUCGGAAAUGGGAUCACAGAACUGGCAGGAUGCAAGGAGGAAAAGUCAUCAGAGGUAGAGGAAAGGCUCUCGGCACUGGAAGCUCAGCUAGACGGUCUUCUGUCUGGGAUGGACAGACUCAACAUCCUGGAGAAACGCCUGGAGACACUUGAAAAACAGAGAAUCACAGACAAGAAUGAAGGAGAAGUAAUCACUAUACCCAGAGAGAGCUGGGAAAACCUGAUGAGCAGAGUGCUGUUAUUGGAGACUAAACUAGAUCUGAGCAAUAUACAGUUGAGUGUGCCCCUGCCAUGUCCGCCAACUACCUCUUCCUCUUCUUGCACCACGUCUGAUGCCUCAAAGGAGGACCUCAAGGACAGACUGGAGAGAAUCACCAACAUGUUGAAGAGCACCUCCAGUCUGCUGAAGAACACAGAAUGACCCACAACAUAUUAUGACAAAUAAUCAAACGCCUCAGCACACUGGAGUACAGUCAAUAUUUUUUUACAAUUAUCACAAAUAAAUGCAAAAAACUUGAA